CGUCGUUGCUUCUAGAGCGCAAAGACUUCCAUGCUUGCAACCCAAGGCACUCGGAUGCUUUCGCUUUCAGUCUCACCGAGCCGGAGCCAGAGCUCGUAGCAAAGCUGACACCUUCGCCUUCUAGUAGAUCGAUCCCAGCGUAUCCGCCGCGGUCACCAUCGGCAGAUCACGAGGCCCCCCUGUGGCCCGGGUCCAUACGCGUACGCGCGUCGUCGUCUCCAUACGCUCGCCAUCACCGCCUUUCCCUCCUCCCCGGCCUCCUCCUCAAGUACCAAAUCGGCCGUCGCGCUCUCCACCACCACAGCCACCUCCCCCUCCUCCUCCUUGCACCGUCGCGUCAAUCACGUAGCCGAGUCGACGUCGACGACGCGCGCGCCCACCCACAAGUGCGUCGGCCUCUCGCGCUCGCGCCGGCGCCAUGCUGCAGGCGGGCUCGGAGCGGGCGGCGCCGCUCCCGGGCGCGGCGAGGCUGUGGGUGCCGGGGAUGAGCCCCGUGGUGCCGGACGCUGGGGCGGGCGCGUCGGCCAGGGCGCGGGAGAUCGCGCGGAGGCGGGAGGAGAUGCUCGGCAUGCUGCGCGACCUCCCCGAGGCCGAGUACGAGCUCUCCCUCACCGACCUCGUCGACAAGACCGCCGCGGCCGGGGCCAACAACGGCUGUGCGGCGCCGCUGCCGACCGAGAGGAAGGAGGCGAGCCCGAGCCCCAGCCCCAGCCCCUUGGGUCUGGCCGAGCGGUCCGCGUCCGGCGGGCAGGCCGAGCAGCAGCAGGCGGCGAGGACGACGGAGAGGAAGGGCUCCGCCUCCGCGAGGCGGCGCGGGGACGGCGGGAGCGGGAGCGGCCUCCGCAGCAGCAGCGACGGCGUCCUGCUCAACUUCUACAUGCCGCGCUCCUUCACCCGCAGCUUCACCGCGCCGCGCCCCGCCCGCACCCCCUCCUUCUCCAACUCCGGCCGGGCCGCCAGCGCCAUCGUCCCCGAAGACUGCAACAAGAGGGAGAGAGACGGCGACACGGUCAGGUGCUGGCCGCUGCCGUGGGACCGGCGGUGGCGCAAGUCGAGCCGGCGGCGGCAAGACCCCGCCGCAACGUCCGGCGAGUUGUCGGCCAUGCUGACGGCGGCGGACCACCCUGCUCCCGCGGACAAAGUCUGAAGACCUUUUCUUAGGUAUCUAUACAGUAUGAGAAAAGAAGACAGGUCUGGCUGGGAGAAAAAGAAGACAGAUCUACGGUACCAACUACUGGAUGUGCACUCGAUGCACACAAAAAAAAAACUACUGGAUGUGCACGCGCGUUUCUGCGGUUCUGUACAUACUACUUACUUCACACGCAAUACUGUCUGGAUGUUUUUAGUUUGUA